CUCCGUGUUAUCUGCUGCUCCUGGGAUGCACUUGUGUCAUGUCCACCUACGGGCCUCAUCAGCGAGCACAGAUGACUGGUGAUAUUUUGCUCGGAGGCCUCUUUCCCAUUCACUUUGGGGUGGCGUCCAAAGACCAAGACCUGGCGGCGCGGCCUGAGUCUACACAAUGUGUCAGAUUUAAUUUCCGUGGUUUCCGUUGGCUGCAGACCAUGAUUUUUGCAAUUGAGGAGAUUAACAACAGCAGCACUCUGCUGCCAAACAUCACAUUGGGUUACAGGAUCUUUGACACGUGCAACACUGUGUCAAAAGCACUGGAAGCCACUCUAAGUUUUGUGGCCCAAAACAAGAUCGACUCGUUGAAUUUGGAUGAAUUCUGCAACUGCACCGACCACAUCCCAUCUACUAUCGCGGUCGUAGGAGCCGCUGGAUCUGCUGUUUCUACAGCGGUGGCAAACCUAUUGGGACUGUUUUAUAUUCCACAGAUCAGCUAUGCCUCAUCCAGUCGCCUUCUAAGCAACAAGAACCAGUACAAGUCCUUCAUGAGAACUAUUCCUUCGGAUGAGUACCAAGCUACGGCAAUGGCGGAAGUAAUUGAGUAUUUCCAAUGGAACUGGGUCAUCGCCGUGGCCUCAGAUGACGAUUACGGGCGACCUAGCAUAGAGAAGUUUGAGAAAGAAAUGGAGGAGAGGGACAUCUGCAUUCAUCUCAAUGAACUCAUCUCUCAGUACAUGGAGGACCACGAAAUCCAAGCGCUGGCCGACAGGAUUGAAAAUUCUAGCGCCAAAGUCAUCGUGGUGUUUGCUAGUGGUCCUGACAUGGAGCCUCUCAUCAAAGAGAUGGUGAGAAGAAACAUCACCAAUCGCAUUUGGAUUGCCAGUGAAGCUUGGGCAAGCUCCUCUCUCCUCGCUAAACCUGAAUAUCUCGACGUAGUGGCAGGCACGGUUGGUUUUGCCUUAAAGGCGGGACAUAUACCUGAGUUGAAAGAGUUCCUGCAACAAGUGCAACCAAAGAAAGAUGGCCACAAUGAAUUUGUCAGGGAGUUUUGGGAGGAAACUUUUAACUGCUAUCUGAAAGACAGUCCGAGACGCCAAGAAAGUGACAACGGUAGCACAAGUUUUAGGCCUUUGUGUACUGGUGAGGAAGACAUCACCAGUGUGGAGACGCCCUACCUGGACUACACCCACCUUCGUAUCUCAUACAAUGUGUAUGUGGCAGUUUACGCUAUUGCACAGGCCCUGCAGAACAUCUUAACCUGUACACCUGGGGAUGGACUAUUUGCAAACAACUCUUGUGCAGAUAUAAAGAAAAUGGAAGCAUGGCAGGUACUCAAGCAACUCAGACAUCUGAAAUAUACCAACAGUGCUGGAGGAAAGAUGACUUUUGACGAGAACUUUGAUUUGGGGGCAAACUACACAAUCAUCAACUGGCACAGGUCCGCUGAAGACGGUUCUGUGGUUUUUGAGGAGGUUGGAUACUAUAAUGUUUAUUCAAAAAAGGGAGGCAAGUUAGUCAUUGACAAGACAAAGAUUCUCUGGAAUGGAUUCAGUUUGGAGAUGCCGUUCUCCAACUGUAGUGAGGAGUGCGAACCCGGCACCAGAAAGGGCAUCAUCGACAGUAUGCCUACUUGUUGCUUUGAAUGCAGUGAAUGCUCAGAUGGAGAGUACAGCAACCACAAAGAUGCCAGUAUUUGCAUCAAGUGUCCCAAUAACUCUUGGUCCAGUGGGAACCACACCUCGUGCUUUUUAAAAGAAAUAGAGUUUCUGUCCUGGACUGAACCAUUUGGGAUAGCUUUGGCCAUAUGUGCAGUACUGGGUGUCGUCUUGACAGCUUUUGUAAUGGGAGUGUUUGUUAAAUUCCGCAACACCCCAAUAGUGAAAGCCACGAACCGAGAAUUGUCUUACUUGUUGCUCUUCUCGCUUAUUUGCUGUUUCUCUAGCUCACUCAUCUUCAUCGGACGGCCGCACGAUUGGAUGUGCCGUCUGCGUCAACCGGCUUUUGGUGUCAGUUUCGUUCUUUGCAUUUCUUGCAUCCUCGUUAAAACCAACAGAGUGCUUUUGGUCUUUGAGGCCAAGAUCCCGACCAGUUUCCAUCGUAAAUGGUGGGGUUUGAACCUGCAGUUUCUUUUGGUCUUUCUCUUCACCUUUGUCCAAGUUAUGAUAUGCGUGGUGUGGCUUUACAACGCUCCGCCUUCCAGCUACAUGAACCAUGACAUCGAUGAGAUUAUUUUCAUCACCUGCAAUGAGGGAUCUGAGAUGGCUCUUGCGUUUCUCAUUGGCUACACUUGCCUUCUGGCGGCAAUCUGUUUCUUCUUUGCAUUCAAAUCGCGCAAACUUCCAGAAAACUUCACCGAAGCCAAGUUCAUUACUUUCAGCAUGCUCAUCUUUUUCAUCGUUUGGAUCUCCUUCAUCCCCGCCUACUUUAGCACUUACGGCAAGUUUGUUUCAGCGGUGGAAGUCAUCGCAAUUCUGGCGUCCAGCUUUGGGAUGCUGGCCUGUAUUUUCUUCAAUAAGGUCUACAUCAUCCUAUUCAAAUCCUCCAGGAACACCAUUGAGGAAGUCAGGUGCAGCACAGCAGCCCAUGCCUUCAAAGUGGCCGCCAAAGCCACACUCAAACAAGGCACGGUGUCCAGAAAAAAGUCCGGUAGUAGUGGUGGAUCAUCUGCCUCAUCGCCAUCGCCAUCGUCCUCCGUCAGUCUCAAGACUAACCGUGACGGUGGUGAGACGCCCUCUGGAAGGAAAAAGCCAAGAGUGAGCUUUGGCAGCGGGACCGUCAUGUUGUCUUUAAGCUUUGAGGAGUCCAGAAGGGGUUCUUUAAUGUGA